UCCGAAUGGAUGAUCGGGGCUGUCCGUCCGGGCAGAUCCAGGGCCCUAUCUCCAAGGCGGCACCCCUCCGAACAGGGUCAGCAGCGGGGUCUGCCCCUCUACCUACUCUACAGCACCGGCGUACCGAAUACUUCAGACGCGCGACAUCUUCAGAAGUCGGCUAUCCGAAACAAAAGCUGUGUACUUCCGUUCAUCACAUAUCCAGUCCCCAACACAAUCGUUCUUCGACUAUAUGCUAAAGAUGGCAGCCGAAGCAAGCGUGAAGGCCUUCUUUGCCUCCCCGCAAUUCGCAGUCGCAGGCGCGAGCUCAAACCCGGCUAAGUUCGGGCACAAGGUCUUCGUGUGGUACAAAGAUCACCAACUCCCCGUAAUUCCCAUCAACCCAGCCCCAUCCAUCAGCACACGGUACGGCGAGCACGCAACGGUGAAGUCAGUCUCGGAGCUAUCAGAUCCCAGAAAUACAUCGCUAUCCGUGAUCACGCCGCCUCCGGUGACUCUCGAGAUCCUGAAGGAGGCCAAGCGCGUCGGCGUCCCUGCCGUCUGGUUACAGCCCGGCACUUUUGACGACGAGGUCAUGGGAUUUGCUCGUGGGAAAGACACCGGCGGGUAUGAUGGCGAGGUCAUUGCUGGCGAGGGCGGGGCGGGAAGUGAGGGGUGGUGCGUCCUUGUGGAUGGGGAGAGGGGGAUGAGGUCCGCUGGGAAGCUUUGAAAGGAAAGAACAUUUUCGAAGCUGUUAUGUGAGAGUGAGAGGCUUGUACUUUCUUCUCCCAUACAAUGCAGUGAUAGACGACCUAGUACAUGCGAUGCGUCUAUUUGGCAGAUCCAUUAUACAAAGAUCAGCCAUGCCGUUACAGUAUUGAAAGUGGAGCGCUGCGGAUGCAACAUGAAUUUCUACCUAGUGCUCUGGUCCAUUUCCCUAGAAGUGUAUGGUCGCUUUAUAUGUCUUUGUUCGAGGUAGAUAUAGGCAUUGUACUUCGAAAGCAGGGUAUUUUUUGAAGACAAUACAUGGUCUAGCUAUAUUCUUUCGAUCCUACAGUCUCAUGAUUACUAAAUAAGCGAAAUAGUAAGUCGAGUCGGAAUUUAUAUAAAUAUAAAUAAUGAGUAUACAUUUUACAUGUUCUCC